UUUGUUUACAUCCCAGUCAGCCGCAUCACAAACAUGCUGUUUAUAUAACAGCGUCUCAAACACAAGAAAAAAGUGUUCUGUAGUGUAGUUUCUUAAGCACUGGAACCAUCUGAAGGCAUUUACCGUUCAGUAUUGCACGUUUUGUUAGUUUUAAAGGCACCUUCAACGCCAGGAUGGAGAUACAAGAACUGACUGCUUUCCAGCAUUCGGAAGAAAUCAUUCAACCCUUCACGAUUAGCUGCGUCGAGGACACGGUGGUGGUGUGCACGAAAGACCACACACUCGUCCUAAGGCUAAAGUACAAACACAUCGUCGAGGAUGGCGCAAUCUGUUACGAGCUGUCGCGCAUCAAGUGCUCGACCGCACGACCGACCGGUGCACUGAUAGCUCACGAAGCCACCCUCUACCACGCGAGCAGCAUGGAGCAGCGCCGACGUAUAAUGCUGGAUCAAACCAUCUUCCCCAACAUUGCCAAGGUGUACAUCUGCAACGUCCAGUCGUGGAUAUCACCGCCGGGCGUGUUCGAAGACAACCCCCGCGAGCAUCUCAUAGCGAACGUGACCAACAUGGGCCAGCUAACAAUUUACCGGCUGGAGGAGCAGUGCCAGUCGAGCUGGAACACGUACGUAGACGUGUCCGACACCUGGCAGAGCCACAUCUACGAUCGCCACCCGAUCGAAGCGUACGACGAGCUGCAGAUCAUGGUGGACGAGAUGACGAUCACGUGCUUCGCGUGGGAAACCACCAUCCACCAGCAUCCGGUGCGGUUCGCCUUCGGCACCAAGUCGGGCAAAAUCGUGUUCUGCAAUCUGAAACCGAACGUCCCGAAGAUCGAGCACGUGCACCAGGAGGAGGAAGCGUCGCGCGUGAUCAAGUACAUCUCCGUCCCGGGGCAGCACCACUUCCUGCUGGUCGGGCUGGAGAGCGGGCGGCUGGGGGUGUAUCGGUUCGGGGGCGCCAACCAGCUCGGGGCCUUUUUUGUGCAGUACAUUGCCACCUACUUCGAGGAGGAUCUCUGCAUCUCGGCGAUCGAGUGUGAGGUGGAGAGGAAAGUGAACGGCACCGAGCAGCUGCUCAUCAUAGCGGUGAAGGCCACCUACCUGCUGAUGAUAGAGAUAGACUUCGACGGCACGUUGCGGAGCAGUGCGACGCUGAGCAUGGAAAACUUUAUGAUAACCGGGCUGCAGCAGGUGUGCCCACGACGCUACAUCGUCUGUACGCUGCCGGGGAAGAUGUUCCAUCUUCAGGUUGAUGAAGUAAGCUCCCAGUCCUGUUUGCAGAUAGCGCAGCAGGAGGUAGCCACCGAUCUGAACGUAGGGUCGUACGCGCUGUACGGGGUGGCAGCGUCCCGUACCCGCACCGGUUGGUUCAUUCUUGGCUAUCCGUCGCGACGCUUCGACCAUCUAACGCUCCGCUCGCCCACGUGCAUAUUUUUCUGCCGUUUCAACCAACGGGACGCGCUGGAAAUGUUGCUCGCGAACAGCACCUACCGGCUGGAGAGCUACCACGAUGCUGCCGAGAUGGUUCGUUUCCAAGGUAACAAACAGCCCAAAACGCUCGCACCUUUAGAGGACGCCCAGCUGGAGCUUUCGCUCGACGAGGAAUCGAUCUACCAGUUGAAGCUGCAACUCAUUCAGCUGAGCGCACGGAUCAGCUACAACACCAAGCGCAACCAAGCGUUUACGCUGGGCCUGUACGCACAGCAUCGGUUCAUCUGCGCCCUGAUAGAGGGUAUCAAUGCGGCCCGCAUCGUACGCUGGCUGGUGGAGAAGUACACCCAGCGGAAGGCGGCACUGCACCCGAUGCAGCAGGAAGCGUUGCGCUGCUUGCGCAACUUUAUACGCACCCUGACCGCGGAAGCACAGUGUCCCGGGGAGUGUGAGUAUUUGCUGACGAAGCUGAAACCGACGCUGCUGGAGGUGUUGGAAGCGGCGGAUCAAAUUGAAACGCCCGCCAUCACCGACGAGGUGUGCUCGUUCUGUGACGCACCGAUCUAUGCGUACCGGGAGCAGUGCCCGGACAGCCAUGCCGUGUUCCGCUGCGUGCUGACCAAGAUACAGAUUACGCUCGAGUGUGAGGAGAUUACGUGCGAGAUUUGUCAGCGAUACUCGAUCGGGCCGACGGUGCUCGGGACGGUACUGGAGCAGAGCAUGGCGAUAGUGGACUACCGGAAGUGUUGCAUCUGUGAUGCACCGUUCAAAGGAAGCGGAUCAAAGAGUGUAUAGACUGAGUCUCGCUAAGGCAAUAAAAGUAUUGCAUACGAUCAGGAAGAAAAGAAGAUGAAAUUUCUAGAAAAUCACA